AUGGCAUCGAGACCGCCACUUCCCAAGCCAAAUGGGUUUCAGAGAGCUCUCGCAGACUUUCAGAAUCGGCUUAAACCGGCCGAGAGACAGCAAUUUAAAGUCACGACUUUGGAUGAGCUCAAGGUGACCAUCUUGGCCAUCCAGUCGCAGCAAAGGUCACGAAAGAAGAUGAUGCAUAUGGGGCGACUCGUCCCGUUCCUUGAGGCCAUGGAACAAUUUGGGAAAGUGAUUGAGGUCUUCCUCAACGUGUCUGAGGUCCUUGCCUUUGUAUGGGGGCCAAUGAAGCUCCUACUUCUGACCGCUAUAAACUGGACCGAGUCAUUUGAUACACUACUGGAUGCCUAUCAGCGUAUAGCCGAGAACUUUCCCAUUUUCGAAGGGUACCAGAGUACUUUUUCUCAGAACGACAAGAUGCAAAGUGUCAUGGAACAUGCUUGGUCCAAUAUUCUGGAAUUUCACAUCAAGGCACUCCGGAUAUUUGAACAGUCUAUGUUGAAACAGUUUUUCCGCUCUUUAUGGAAGGAUUUCAAGACCAGAUUCCAGAGUAUCUUGGACGAUUUGAAGCGACAGAAGGAACUCGUUGAAAGUCAUGCAAACAGAUAUCACAUUCACAAUUAUGAAAAUGAUCGCCUGAAAAUGCUUGCAGAAUUCAAAGAAGCAAGUGUGAAGAGAUCAUCGGAACGGAAAGCAUUUGUUUCACAAUGGAUUGCAGCGCCACAAGCUAUUAUCGACCAUGAACAUAUUUGCGAAACUCUUCGAGAGAGCUCAGAGGCAACUCAAAGACCAAUGGGCCAAUGGAUUCUUAAUCAUGAGGAUGUGAAAUCUUGGCUGGAUAAAACAGUGCCUAAAUCCUCAACAAUCUGGGUAACUGCUAUUGCCGGCGCUGGUAAAACUGUCCUCGCCUCCGUGAUAAUUGAUCAUCUAAAACAGCGAGACACCGAGCCAGUCGGCUUCUUUUACUGCAAGCACGGAGAUCCGAAGAAACGGACCCUUCUCUCCUUUCUAAAAAGCACCUUGAGCCAGCUCGUCGCACAGCAAGAUCAGCUUGUACCAUACUAUUACGAUGAAGCAAUCAAAAGUGGAGAAAUCACACUGCAGUCAGUCAAACAUUGCAAGACACUCCUGCUCCACAUGCUGCAAAACAUCCCUAAAGCUUACCUCAUUGUGGAUGGUCUCGACGAAUGUGAUGAUAACGAAAGAAAAGCAAUUCUAAGCUUUCUACAGGAAACCCUCUCAAUAUGUGAUAGCUUGAAUCCUGCAAAGCUCCGUGCUCUAAUCCUGAGCCGUGAUGAGCGAGAUAUCAAAAAGGCACUUGCCAUGGCAACCAUGAUCCGAUUAGGGCAACAAGACACACUCCAGGAUAUGAAAGUAUAUAUAGAUUGCAAAGCCAGUGCGAUCCAAGACAUUUUCAGAUUCAGUGAUGCUGAUCGGGAAUACAUCGAGCAAUAUGUGCUUGAUAAGUCAGACGGGAUGUUUUUAUUCGCCAAACUAGUCUUGUCUAACCUUGAAGGCCAGCCAAAUCUGAAAUGCUUUCACAAAGAGUUCCAUAGUCUUCCUCAGGGCCUCGGCCAAGCAUAUGACCGCAAUUUGCACAGAAUUCGGAACAAUCCCAACCAUAACCAGAGGGCAGUGGCUGAGAAGAUUCUUUCUCUCGUUCUCUGUUCCAGACGGCCACUCAUGUCGCGAGAGCUUCAAGCAGCGAUAUCUAUUGAUCCUCAGGAGCAGACAGUAGAUUCAACCCUCAGAUUAUCCCUGGAUAUGAGAGACAUUUGUGGUUCUUUAAUUGAAAUCAUUCCCGGGGGAGCUGUGGAAUUGGUUCAUGCCACAGCGUCUACGUAUAUUCAAGAACUCGGUUACAUUCCACGGUGGAUGGCAGAACUCUCCAUGACAUAUAUCUGUCUCAAUUACCUCAGCUAUGAGUGUUUUGGAGAAACCUCGAAACCUGCGAUCUUGAGAUACAUCCAUGAGGGCUAUUUUGCAUUCCAAGACUACGCCAUUGCCCAUUGGACUGAUCAUGUUCCAGCAUUGCUUGAGUCGUUGAAAGGUGUUACACUAGAUGGACAGAGUCACAAAGACGACAUAAUAUCCGCUUUCACCUUAUUUGCCGCACAAUAUGAUGCAGAGUUGGCUUCUACAGACAAAUCCCGAGAAAUGCUAGACGCCAAAGUUUUGCGACAACUUGACCACAGCCAGCACGUAGUGUCCUUAUGGGAGCAUUCCACCAACUACAAAGCCCUUACUGAUGAUCGAAAGGAUAAAGUCAGUAUAGGUAAACUUGGAAAAGCCCUCGAAAUAAACAGACCUCUUUUGGAAGCCACGCCAACGACGAGCACGAAUGCAAUUAUGGAUACACAUUCGCUUGAGAACUUCUAUGGCAGUAACUGGUUCAAGUGCUCCAGGCUAUCAUGUUACUAUUUCCACGAAGGCUUCGCUUCUCAUCGUGAUAGACAAGGCCACUACGAUCGCCAUGACCGACCUUUCAGCUGUGACGAUGAUGACUGUCCUUCGUCAAAAAUAGGGUUCGGGUCACUCAAGGAGUUUGAGAAACAUAGAAGAAACAUGCAUCCAGGAAAGGGCAAGUUGACGCAGACGUUCAAGAGACUGAAACAACUGGGUAGACCUGGAGUUGAAGUUGCAAAAAACACUUGCCCUGAGUGUUCGUUCAAGUUUGACUCGAGACUUCAGUUCAGAUUGCACCUUGUAUGGCAUAACGCGCAGAAAACUCAGGUGGCACGUAAGCCGGCUAGAUAUCAGGUCUAG